GGGAGGGUGUAGCCUGGCCGACGUCUGCUUUUUUCCUCCCUUAAUGAGCAAACUUUUUUUUGCCAUGGCGUUGUCUCCAAGUAAGAAACAGUGAGAAAGUGAGUGUGCUGGAGUUUGGGAGCUGGACAGGAAUACGACGGGAGGAGGAGGUGGUAGAAGAAGAAGGAGACAGAAAGAGGACAAGCGGAGGGAACUUUUAAUAGUUUUAGUCGGGGUUCCGUUAAACCUACUUUGUUUUAUUCGUUUUCAUUUUUUUUUUUUUUAAGUUCGACCUCCCACGAACCCUUUUUAGAUUUUUUUAAUAACAGAAUUUUCCUUAACCAAGAAAGGAACAUGUUUGCAAUGUUUCAUGUUUUCAUUCUAUUGACUGUACCUUGCUACAUUUAUGGUGCUAUGGACGAGUGUGUUGACGAUUGGCACCGUCCUCAGCGCUGUAUGCCAGAGUUUGUGAAUGCUGCUUUCAAUGUGACCGUUGUGGCCACCAACACUUGUGGAUCUCCUCCGGAAGAAUACUGCGUACAAACUGGGGUAACCGGGGUCACCAAAUCGUGCCACAUCUGCAACGCCGGGGACCCCCGUCAGCACCACGGCGCCGUCUACCUCACAGAUUACAACAACCAAGCCGACACCACCUGGUGGCAAAGUCAAACCAUGCUAGCUGGCAUCCAGUACCCCAGCUCCAUAAACCUAACCCUGCACCUCGGAAAGUCUUUUGACAUCACCUAUGUCCGACUCAAGUUUCACACCAGCCGGCCAGAGAGCUUUGCAAUUUACAAACGUGCAAGUGAAGAUGGCCCUUGGAUUCCAUACCAGUAUUACAGUGGCUCAUGUGAGAAGACUUACCAAAAGCCAAACCGUGGAUUCAUCCGGACUGGGGAGGAUGAGCAACAAGCUCUUUGUACUGAUGAGUUUAGUGAUAUUUCUCCCCUCACUGGAGGCAACGUUGCUUUUUCCACAUUAGAAGGCCGACCAAGUGCCUACAAUUUUGACAACAGCCCUGUAUUGCAGGAUUGGGUAACUGCCACGGACAUUAGAGUCACUCUAAACCGGUUAAACACCUUUGGUGAUGAAGUUUUUAAUGACCCAAAGGUUUUGAAAUCCUAUUACUACGCCAUCUCUGAUUUUGCAGUGGGUGGAAGAUGCAAGUGUAAUGGCCAUGCCAGUGAGUGUGUGAAAAAUGAACAUCAGAGAUUAGUAUGUAACUGCAAACACAACACAUUUGGCAGCGACUGUGAAAAAUGCAAGCCUUUCUACAACGACCGGCCCUGGAGAAGGGCAACUGCUGAGAAUGCCAACGAAUGUCUACAAUGCAACUGUAAUGGAAACUCUCGUGAAUGUAAAUUUGACCCAGACCUUUACCGUGAAACUGGUCAUGGAGGCCGAUGUGUGAACUGUGCUGAUAACACAGAUGGUCCAAACUGUGAACGCUGCCGUGACAACUACUACAGGCAAGGAGGAGAUGGGCGUUGUCUAUCCUGCAGCUGUAAUCCAGUUGGGUCCUUGAGCACACAGUGCGAUAUCUACGGGCGUUGCAGUUGUAAAGCAGGAGUGAUGGGAGAGAAAUGUGAUCAUUGCCAGCCAGGAUAUCACUCACUCACAGAGGCUGGUUGUAGACCCUGCUCUUGCAAUCCUUCUGGAAGUACCCAAGAAUGUGAUGUAAAUACUGGACAGUGCCAAUGUAAAGACAAUGUGGAGGGCUUCAGCUGUGACAGAUGCAAGCUGGGCUAUUUCAACUUGGACCCACUGAACCCUCAAGGCUGCACUGCCUGCUUUUGCUAUCAUCAUUCUUCUGUCUGUGAGAGUGCAAGUGGCUACAGCGUUUAUAAGAUUACAUCCACCUUUGACAUAGAUGCUGAAGGCUGGAGAGCGGAGCAGCGUGAUGGAUCAGAAGUAUUAGUUCAGUGGUCCACCAGUCGGGAGAUAUCUUUAAAAUCUGAUGAUUACACCCCCAUUUACUUUAUUGCACCAGAUAAAUUUUUGGGAAACCAUGAGCUUAGUUAUGGUCAGAACAUCACUUUCAGCUUCCGUGUAGAGCGCAUUGAUACACGCCUGUCUGCUGAGGAUGUAGUGCUGGAAGGGGCUGGAUUGCAUGUUGCUGUACCUCUUAUUGCUCAGGGUAACUCUUAUCCUAAUGAGAACAAGCAGACUUACGUUUUCAGGCUGCAUGAUGUUACUGACUACCCUUGGAGACCAAGCCUUAACCACUCUGACUUCCAAAAGCUGCUUCAUAAUUUAACGGCUAUUAAGAUCCGUGGCACCUACAGUGGAAAAAGUGCUGGGUUUUUGGAUGAUGUUACAUUAACAAGUGCUCGACCUGGAAUUGGAGUCCCUGCAACUUGGGUCGAAAGGUGCAUCUGUCCAACAGGUUACUUAGGACAGUUUUGUGAAAAGUGUGCACCUGGGUAUAAGAGGGCAAACCCCAGCAGAGGCCCCUUUAGUCCAUGUGAGCCUUGUAAUUGCAAUGGGCACAGCGAAACCUGUGAUGCAGAAACUGGUAUUUGUAACUGCAGAGACCACACAGCAGGACCAAAUUGUGAAAGAUGUGAGGAUGGCUAUUAUGGUGAUGCAACUCAAGGAACCUCUACCGACUGUGAGGCCUGCCCCUGCCCUGGUAGCUCUACUUGUGCUGUGGUUCCAAAGACUAGGGAGGUUGUUUGUACCAAUUGUCCUAUUGGGACUACAGGCCGGCGAUGUGAGCUUUGUGAUGACGGCUAUUUUGGAGACCCUUUGGGGAGGAACGGUAGUGCCAGAGCCUGCAGAGUAUGUGCAUGUAACAAUAACAUAGACCCCAAUGCAGUUGGCAACUGUGACAGGCAGACUGGCGAGUGCCUCAAGUGCAUUUACAACACAGCUGGUUUCUACUGUGAUCGCUGCAAGCAAGGAUUUUUUGGGAAUCCCUUAGCGACAAAUCCAUCUGAGAAGUGCCAGCCCUGUAAUUGCCUUUCCUAUGGAACAGUCAACAGUGAAACUACCUGCUCUCAGGUCACGGGUCAAUGCGAAUGUCUGCCACAUGUCACAAAACGGGAUUGCAGUGCCUGUGAACCAGGAUAUUACAACUUGUAUAGUGGGCAAGGCUGUAAGAGAUGUGACUGUAGUGCCAUUGGCUCCACAAAUGGUCACUGUGAUGUCCGAAGUGGCCAGUGCGAAUGCCAGCCUGGUGUUACUGGUCAGCAGUGUGACAGAUGUGAGGUUCAUCACUUUGGCUUUGGUCCUGAUGGCUGCAAGCCUUGUGACUGUGAUCCUGAGGGUUCCCAAACAUUGCAGUGUAAAGAAGAUGGCCAGUGUGAAUGCAGAGAAGGCUUUAUUGGCAACCGAUGUGACAUGUGUGAGGAGAACUACUUUUACAAUCGCACACGACCUGGUUGUCAAGAGUGUCCAGCAUGCUAUUCUCUGGUGAAAGAAAAGGUAAACCAGCAAAGACAGAAAUUGCAUGAAUUGGAAUCUCUCAUUGACAAUUUGGGCUCAAGUCACAAUACAGUAAGUGACAAGGCUUUCGAAGAACGUCUCAGAGAUGCUGAAAAUGAAAUAAUGAAGUUGGUUGAAGAGGCUCAAAACAGCAGAGAUAUUGACCAGAGCCUUCUUGACCGGCUGGCUGAAAUUAAUAACACCUUAACAACUCAGUGGGGCAGGCUUCAGAACAUUCGAAAGACAGUGGAAAGCACUUCAGAGCUUGCAGAUAAUUCUCAGAAACGUGUCCAGGAUGCAAAGAUGCUCAUUGAGAAAGCUCGCAAUGAGCUAGAAAAGGCAAAAGAUGCCAUCUCUAAAGUGGAUAUUCAGCCUCCAUCUUCAACUGGUGAUCCUAACAACAUGACUGUUUUGGCGGAGGAAGCACGAAAGCUGGCAGAUAAACAUAAGCAGGAAGCUGAUGAAAUUGAGAAAACCGCAAAAAAAGCAAAUGACACCUCUAAUGAAGCAUACAACUUGCUACAGAAUUUAUUGACAGGUGAAGAACAAAUCAACAAUGAUAUUAAAGAGCUCAACAGAAAAUAUAAUGAAACAAAAAAUAUUGCGAAAGAUCUUGAAAAGCAGGCCAACAAAGUUCAUGCUGAAGCUGAUGAAGCAGGUAACAAGGCUUUGCAGAUCUAUGCUAAUCUGACUAGCAUACCUCCUGUGGAUACAGAAGCAUUAGAAAAUGAAGCUAAAAAAAUCAAGAAAGAAGCAGCAGAACUGGAUUCCCUCAUAGACCAAAAAGCUAAAAUCUACGAGGACCUAAGAAAUGACUUGCGAGCUAGAGAGAUGGAAGUGCAGAAUCUUCUGGACAAGGGCAAAACAGAACAGCAAACAGCUGAUCAGUUGCUGGCAAGGGCAGAUGCAGCUAAAGCUCUAGCGGAAGAAGCAGCAAAAAAAGGAAAGAACACAUACCAGGAAGCACAGGACAUCCUAAAUAACUUGAAAGACUUUGACAAGCGUGUAAAUGACAAUAAAACUGCUGCAGAGGAAGCUAUGAAAAAGAUCCCAGGGAUCAAUGCAACGAUUAUUGCUGCCAAUUCAAAGACAAAACAAGCUGAAUCGUCCCUAGGAAAUGCUGCAGCUGAUGCCAGGGAGGCUAAAAACAAGGCGGACGAAGCAGAAAAAAUAGCCAAUGCUGUGUUAAAGAAUGCCAAUAAAACAAAGUCUGAAGCUGAGCAAACACUCGAUAACACAAUGAAGCUGGACGAUGAUGUCAAAGACUUCAUGGAUCAGUUGGCUGCUGCCGAGGCAGACUUGCAGAAGAAGAAGGAAGAUGCUGACCAUGACAUGAUGAUGGCAAAUAUGGCAUCUAAACUUGCCCAGGAUGCUGAAGACAACGCUAGAAAGGCAAAAAAUUCUGUGAAAGGAGUGCUGACCACCAUUAAUGACCUACUCAGGCAGUUAGGGAAUAUCGAUAAUGUGGACCUAAACAAACUGAAGGAUAUUGAGGAUUCACUGGCUAGAGCCAAGAACCAGAUGAAGGACAAUGAUCUUGAACGCAAGCUGGCUGACUUGAAUGAAGCGGCCAAGCAGCAGGAUGAAAUGAUUAAAGAUUAUGACAGGCAAAUUCAGGAAAUUAAAGCAGACAUUAGUAACCUAGAAGACAUCAAAAAUACUUUACCAUCUGGCUGCUUUAACACCCCUUCUAUAGAAAAGCCUUAAACCAACCUACCAAGGCCAAGGGGGGUGGCUGCAGUACUUCCUGUUGCAUUGUUUGCUCCGCCCCUAACCAACCCCCCCAACCCCCCGUUUAAUAAAUUACCUGAAGUGACAGUGCCUUACUGUACCAAAACAUUUUUUUAUAUUUUUUAUUAAAUUAAAACUGGAUGGAUUCUAAUAUAAAACAAUUACAAAUCUGAUUGAGUGCAAAGGGCAGAAGAAUACCAUAAAGUGCAGCUUUUAUUUCAUGAGAUGAAGCAUAAAAUUUGAAGCCGUGUUCAUGGUCUGUUGUGUCUGGUGCCGAGAAUGUGGCGAAGGAGACCAGAACUACAGUGUAGAACCCCAAAGACUGCAUCACUGCAACUCUCCCUUUAGGUCCAUGCUGCUCAAACCAAGACCGGUUUGUUUUUAUCCUGCAGGGAUUUGGAUACGCGGCAUGCACAGCCUUUUGAAUCUGUUAGGUAGCUAGCUAGUGCCAUAUUCGUAUAUAUUAGGACUUGUUUAAGGAAUCUGGAUUAAAAUAAGCUGAUCUGUCUGAUGGCAAAAGAUUCAUCAGAGUUAUUCUUCACGGGUGUGCGUGUGUGUCUAUACGUGUGUAAUAAUUGCACACAUGCAGAUGAGCGUGCAUCUCUGCACAAUUACUUCCAGGUUUUGUCCUAACGCCUAGCAGAUUUGACAAGACUUUUUAUAAAUAGCAGUGAAGGAUUUUCAUUUUUAUUUUUUAUUUUAUUUUUUUUUUUUUAACUUUUUUUAUGUUGCAUAAAAUCAUAUUUUAUACCCAAUACCCUCUGUGCUUUAAUUUCUGCUUGUUGCAGAAAAGCACUAAUCAUAUUCAAAUAUGUAAUUAUUUUAACCAAAUCCACAAUCUUUAGUGUACAUGAAGAUACUGGUGGAUGCCUUCAGCAAAUAUGAAUUUAUAUUUGUACAAUUUUUUAAAAUAGUCCAUCAGUUUUCUUCCCAUUUUUUAAAGCUGCUGCUUCAUACUAGGGUAUUUUGCAAAUCAUUGAGCAAAAUAAACUCACACUAUGCAACUGUACAUUUGCGUAAAAAACCUUAUCUGAUACACUGGUGCUAUUAAUUAUUUCAAAUGUUAUAUUUUUGUGUGAAUGUGUUUUUUAUGAUAUAGAGUGAGCAUAUGUUUUUGUUAUUUUUGUGUAAAUAUAAUCUUUAUUACUUCAAAACUGAUAGGACACAUAAGUAUCCCUCUAACCGUCUGCCUUCUCUCUGUCCCACACACAUAGGGCUAUGAAGUGGCACUACAGACACCUGUGUGUGGAAACACUCGAGCAUUCCGGCUUACAGUUUUCCGUUUUCGUUGUGGCAGUCACUAUAGGCUGGUUUUUCAGUGUUUAUUCAUCAUAAACCCCCUGAACUUGAGAGAUUCCAACUCUUAUCAGAAAUGCGCUGAACACUUUUCCUAGACUGGCAGUAUUUUUAGUGUUAAGGCUUUCCCACCCCACUGAGUUUACAUUUGCAACAGCAUCACAAUUUUCAUAUACUGGCUGCUGAUUCGUUUUUUUUUUUUUUCUUCCUGUAACAAAAUAUAUGGUAUUAUCUGUCUUAUAUUCUUCUGUUAGUCAUAAUCGGUCAAUCAUUAAUUAUCCUAGCUGUGCUGUAUAGCAGUGCACACGGCGUUAUAAGUAUAUUUUACCACUAAUGUCUGGUACAUGCUCCAUAUAUCUGUUAACACUGUGGUGUAAUCUUCCUUUCUACACAGUCUUCUUUUUUUGGUUUGUUUUGGUUUUUUUUACUUUUUUUUUCCCUGAUGUGCUUCUCACGUCGAUUGUGUGGCAGUGGAGGAGAUUUACCAAAAGAGAGAUUUUCCUUUAUUGUUGGAAACCAUUCUCAGCAGUGUACUAUCUAAAGUUUGUUUGUAAUUUGCCUUUCACAAUUGUGUAAAUAAACAUAUUUUUCUUCCACUUUCUAAUUUUUUCAGUACCAAGGAUUUUAUUAUAUAAAAUUUUAUUACAAUUGUAUAGACUAAAAAAAUUUCCUAAAUAAGGCACAAUUUAGCAAUUUAUUUUCAUUUGGCUUCCAUGCCAUUUGUCAUAUUCAGUUGUAUUCUGGUUAAAAACAAAUACAAGCAAAUAACCAGACGAGUGUAAUCUUCAUUUCUGUGCCUUUUAUUAUAUAUUGUCAUAUGACUAUUUAUAACACUACAAACUGUCAUCAUGUGUUCCUCUUUUCAUUGCUUACAGUAUUUAUCGCUGUACUGUAUCGUCCUGCUCAAAAAGAGAAGCUCUUUACUCUUCCACACCCACAAAUGCCCGUUUCUCCUCUCGUGCCCUGUGUUUGUGUAUUAGCUGUGCCUCGCCAGCCUCUUCCCCUCCCCGGGUUACUCCUCCUGCUCUCUCCGCUCUGCCAUCCCGACUGUGAACUCACUCUUCUGUAGACUUCAGCUGCACCAAUGGCCGUAAUCAUGCCAUUAAGGAAUGAUGUGCAACACUUAUACAGUUUUAUGUAUAAAACAGUAUUUCUUAUUUAUAAAGUUUGAAUAUUUGUAAUCUUUUUUUUUUUUUUUUCCUCUUAAAUCCAGGUUCUUUUUGUGUGUUGCACAGCCGUUGUAAUGGUGUGAAUUCAGAACUCGCUGCUUUCAUUGUUUUGGUUCAUAUUGUAUUCUUCCUAUAGCAAACACCUUUUCAGAUGCAAUAGCAUUCAAAAGCCUGAUGACAUUUUUGUUAAUUAAUAUUUUGCCUGUAAAUCGUACCAUUUAAAACAAUAAAAUAAUGUAAUAUA